AAGGAUUAAACCCUCAAUUGAAGUGAAGUUUGGAAUAAAGAUAAAACUAAUAAAUGGAGGAGUCUCCAACCCUUGGUAAACGAAAACAGCAUGAAGAAACUUCAAAGGUCACAGAACCUCCCAAGGAAGACAAUGCCUCAAAAAAGCGUAAUUUAGGAAGAACAUGUGUGCACGAGGUGGCUGUUCCUAGUGGGCAUAGUUCGAGCAAAGAUGAGUCGAUCCAUGGGACACUCUUGAAUCCUGUUUAUAAUGCAGAAAUGGCAAAAACCUACCAGUUUAACCUUGAUCCAUUCCAGGAAGUUUCAAUAGCAUGUCUUGAACGAAAUGAAUCGGUUUUGGUUUCUGCACAUACCUCUGCAGGUAAAACUGCAGUCGCUGAGUACGCAAUUGCGAUGGCAUUUAGGGAUAAGCAAAGGGUUAUAUAUACUUCACCUCUGAAAGCUUUGAGUAAUCAAAAGUAUAGAGAGUUAAGCCAGGAAUUCUCAGAUGUAGGGUUAAUGACAGGUGAUGUAACACUCUCGCCAAAUGCAAGUUGUUUGGUUAUGACGACAGAGAUUCUUCGAGGAAUGCUUUAUAGGGGUUCCGAGGUAUUAAAAGAAGUUGCCUGGGUUAUAUUUGAUGAAAUACAUUACAUGAAGGAUCGUGAAAGAGGGGUUGUUUGGGAAGAGAGUAUUAUUUUCUUGCCACCGGCUAUCAAAAUGGUUUUUCUUUCAGCAACAAUGUCAAACGCUACUGAGUUUGCGGAAUGGAUAUGUAACAUACAUAAACAGCCGUGUCAUGUGGUUUAUACUGAUUUUCGACCAACGCCUCUGCAGCAUUAUGUGUUCCCUAUGGGAGGGUCAGGGUUGUAUCUUGUUGUUGAUGAGAAUGAGCAGUUUAGGGAGGAAAAUUUUAUGAAACUGCAGGAUACUUUCACGAGGCAGAAGCUGGGUGAUGGGAACAAGAGUGGGAAUGCCAAAGGGAGUGGAAGAAUUGGAAAAGGUGGCAAUGCUUCUGGUGGUUCUGACAUAUACAAAAUUGUCAAGAUGGUUAUGGAGCGGAAAUUUCAACCGGUUAUAAUUUUCAGCUUUAGUAGAAGAGAGUGCGAACAGCAUGCAAUGUCAAUGUCUAAACUUGAUUUUAAUACCCGGGAGGAAAAGGAUGUUGUGGAGCAGGUUUUUCGAAAUGCAAUCCUCUGCCUGAAUGAGGAGGACAGAAAUUUACCUGCUAUUGAAUUGAUGUUGCCACUACUCCAGCGUGGGAUUGCUGUUCAUCAUUCUGGCCUUCUUCCUAUUAUCAAGGAAUUGGUAGAACUCCUCUUUCAAGAAGGUCUCGUAAAGGCUCUUUUUGCCACAGAGACAUUUGCUAUGGGGUUAAACAUGCCUGCAAAAACGGUCGUUUUUACUAGUUUUAAGAAAUGGGAUGGUGACAGUCAUCGUCAUGUCGGAUCUGGUGAGUACAUCCAGAUGAGUGGAAGAGCUGGACGUCGUGGCAAAGAUGAACGGGGUAUAUGCAUCAUAAUGAUUGAUGAGCAGAUGGAAAUGAAUACCCUCAAGGACAUUGUUCUGGGUAAACCAGCUCCAUUGGUCAGCACUUUCAGGCUGAGCUACUACUCAAUUCUGAAUUUAAUGAGCCGCGCUGAAGGGCAAUUUACUGCUGAGCAUGUUAUUAGGAAUUCAUUUCACCAAUUUCAGUAUGAGAAGGCUGUACCUGAUAUAGGAAAUAAGGUUUCAAAACUUGAAGAAGAAGCAGCCAUGCUUGAUGCCACGGGGGAGGCUGAGGUUGCUGAAUAUCAUAAGCUAAAGCUUGAAAUAGCCGAAGUUGAGAAGAAAAUGAUGGCCGAAAUAACAAGGCCUGAAAGAGUUCUUUAUUUUCUUCUGCCUGGUAGGCUGGUUAAGAUACGGGAAGGUGUAACAGAUUGGGGUUGGGGCGUGGUAGUCAAUGUGGUGAAAAAGCCACCAGCGGCAUUUGGCACUUUGCCCCCUUCUCUCUCUUCUUCACAUGGUGGUAGCUAUAUAGUGGAUACUUUACUUCAUUGUUCUUUGGGUUCCAGUGAAAAUGGUUCUCGGCCAAAACCAUGUCCACCCCGCCCUGGCGAAAAGGGCGAAAUGCACGUGGUCCCUGUUCAGUUGCCCCUAAUUUCUGCACUGAGCAAGCUUAGAAUAUCUGUUCCUUCUGAUCUCCGGCCAGUGGAAGCAAGGCAAAGUAUACUGCUCGCUGUACAGGAGCUUGGAAAACGUUUUCCUCAAGGCCUCCCAAAACUUAACCCUGUGAAGGACAUGGGCAUUGAAGACCCUGAGUUUGUUGAGUUGGUCAAUCAAAUUGAGAAACUUGAGCAGAAACUGUUAGCUCAUCCAUUGCACAAGUCUCAAGACGAGUGUCAGAUUAGAUGUUUCCAGAGGAAAGCAGAGGUGAAUCAUGAAAUUCAACAGUUAAAAUCGAAAAUGCGUGAUUCCCAGCUUCAAAAAUUUCGUGAUGAACUUAAAAACCGCUCACGGGUUUUGAAAAAGCUUGGCCAUAUCGAUGCCGAUGGCGUUGUGCAAUUAAAAGGACGAGCAGCCUGCUUGAUAGACACAGGAGACGAACUUCUUGUCACUGAAUUGAUGUUCAAUGGUACAUUCAACGAUCUUGAUCACCAUCAAAUUGCAGCUCUUUCAAGUUGCUUCAUUCCUGGUGACAGAUCAACUGAGCAAAUACAAUUAAGAGCAGAACUUGCUAAACCGUUACAACAACUCCAAGAAAGUGCAAGAAGAAUAGCAGAGAUACAACAUGAAUGCAAAUUGGAAGUAAAUGUGGAUGAGUACGUGGAGGCGGCUGUUAGACCGUUCUUGAUGGAUGUAAUUUACUGUUGGUCAAAGGGAGCAUCUUUUGCAGAGGUUGUACAAAUGACUGAUAUCUUUGAGGGAAGUAUUAUACGGCUAGCAAGAAGGCUUGAUGAGUUUCUGAAUCAGUUGCGUGCAGCUGCUCAUGCUGUGGGAGAAGCUCAUUUGGAGAACAAGUUUGGAGCGGCCAGUGAAAGCCUUCACCGAGGAAUCAUGUUUGCAAAUUCUCUCUAUCUAUAG